AUGCCCAGUUUGGAGAAGGAUAAUGAAAAUCAUGUUCGUGUGAAAUCAGUAGCAAUUAUAGGCGGUGGUGCUUCGGGUGCCAUUGCACUUGACUCGUUGGUAAAAGAGGGUCAUUUUGAUCUGAUUGUUCUUUUCGAGAGAAGAGAUGUUCUAGGAGGCGUUUGGUGUUUGGACAACCCAGGAAAUCUACCAGAAGUUGCACAAGUUGGUGGAACUCCCGAGCAAGCAGAUCCACCAUUGGAGAAUCCAUUUCGAAAUUCUGAAGCCAAAGGGACUAUUUUAGCUCCUAAAACCAACCAAUACAGAUACAUGGAAACUCCCUCGUAUCCAAACUUGAAGACAAACAUCACUGAAUCGCUCAUGACAUACAGCGAUUUGAAUCUGUGGACUGGUGAAGCAAGUGAUAAAACUGAAUUUGUUGAUGGUUUGGUGGUGAGAAACUAUAUUGAAGCCUACAUUCUCCGGAACAAGAGUGCUAGGAACGUUAGUGUUGAGUUUUCGUCCACCAUUGAGGAUGUCGAGAGAAUUAUCAACGACAAUGGUCACCACUAUAAGCUCACAAUUCGUCAGUCUUCUAACGAUACCCAUGAUACUUGGUACCAGCGAAAUUUCGACGCUAUAGUUGUUGCUAGUGGCCAUUACCAUGUUCCUUAUAUUCCAGAAGUAGCGGGCCUUCGUCAAGCACAAGAAAAGUUUCCAAACUUGGUUAAACAUGCCAAAUACUUUAGAACUCCUGAUCCUUAUAAAGACAAGGUGGUAGUGGUCGUUGGCUCAAGAGCAUCAGGGAUGGAUAUUACACGAUUGCUUGUAGGUAAAGCUUCAAAAGUGUACCACUCCAGAAGAAAUUCGCAGUCCCCAACACUCAAAAAUGUCACUCCCAAAGGUGUCAUAAAGGAGUGUAAAAUCGUUGAAAACCAGGUAGUGGUUGUCUUUGACGACGAAAGCGAGGUAGUAGCACCAGACCACAUUAUAUAUGGUACCGGCUACCAAUUUUCGUAUCCAUUUUUAAAUCGACUUUUUGCAGCCGAUAACCAGGUUUUGACACACGAUGGAGUCUUGGUCCCUGGGUUGUACCAGCAUACCUUUUUGAUCAAUGACCCACUUAUAACGUUUGUUGGGGUCCCAAUUGAUGGGGUUUCCUUCCGAGUUUUCGAGUAUCAGGCAAUUUUGGUUGCUCGCUAUCUUGCUGGAAGAAUUUACCUUGCCUAG